AUGCCGGGCGGCUGCGCCCUCCUGCUCGCCUGGCUGCUCCUCGCCGCGGCCCUUUCGGCCACCCCGGGGCUCGGGGCACCGGUGAAGGAGAAGAGAGGCUGGACCCUGAACAGCGCUGGCUACCUUCUUGGCCCACAUGCCAUUGACAACCACAGAUCAUUUCAUGAGAAGCCUGGCCUCACUGGCAAACGGGAACUCCCACCUGAAGACGAAGGAAGGUCAGGAGGCUUUGCCGGGCCGCUGUCGCUGUCAGAGAAUGCCGCUGUGCGCAUGUUAAUCGAGUUUCUGACUUUCUUGCGUCUCAAAGAGGCCGGGGCCCUGCCCGACCUGCCCGACCUGCCAUCUGCGGUCUCCGCAGAAGAUAUGGAGCAGCCCUGAUGAUGCCCUUGGGCAGGUUCCUCUGUGCCAUGUCGCUUAAGGUCAAACUUGGACACGAUGGAUAAUCUUGUGCCAACUUAUGGUGACCAGUCCUGUCCCCCUGUGCUCUGAUGCUGUGUCGUUAGGAUUUUGUUGUGGAGAUUCUUUUCCCUUUGGUAAUUAUUUUGAGCAGCAAAAUAAAAAAUAGCAAUGGC